AGCGCAAUGUCAUCGGCAAAUCUGUGUUGUAGGUGUGUGUGUCAGUGCACUUCUCUACACGUCAUAGGCUGUUUUCAGUUUCGCCGUGUCUUGUCUGGCAUUUAUUUGUGUCCUAUAAGGUCACUUACUAAUUCCCAAAUGGGCCUAACAAAAUAUUUACUUCUUGGCGUGGUUGUUGGCUACGUUGGAUUCCUCCUCGUUGACAGAUUUGAUCCAGCAAGUAUAAAUGGCAAGCGAGUGGUCAUCACCGGUGCUAGCACGGGUAUAGGGGAGCAGAUAGCCUACCAGUAUGCCAGGCUUGGGGCGAGGGUUCUCAUCACAGCACGCAGAGGCGUCGUGUUACAACAGGUGGUUUCCAAGUGCAAAGAGCUAGGAGCCCAGGAGGCAUUUUACCUUGCACUCGACAUGAGCAAAGAGAACGACACCAGGAGGCUGAUUGACGAGGCUAAGGCGAGGUUUGGUGGCCUGGACCAUCUCAUCCUGAACCACGUUGCCUACAGCUCAAUGUCAGUGUGGUCGGGAGGGCUGGCUAAGUUAAGAAGUUCAAUGGACGUCAACUUCCACGCUUACGUGAGCCUGGCAACAUUUGCCACACCGAUGUUAGCAGAGAGCAAGGGAAGUAUCGGCAUCGUCUCGUCUGGUGCAGGAAAAGUAAGUCUUCUGUUUGCAACAAAUUACUGUCCAGCCAAGUUUGCCCUCCACGGAUUUUUUGAUACGCUACGACAAGAGUUCCAGCUGCAGAACAUUGAAGUUUCUGUGACCAUGUUUGUUCUCGGCGCAAUCUCCACUCAGAAUGCAAUAGACAGUGUCAAGGGCAUGGUUCGCACAAAUGCCUACGUGACCAUGCCCUCCGAGACCGCCUACCGCAUCAUGACGGGAACCGCCAACAGGGAACGCGAGGUCUACUAUCCCUUGCACCAGACUCUGCUCGUGCUGCUCUUGAGGGACUCGGCCCCCCGCCUCCUGGAAGCACUGAUGCAGGUCAUGGUGAAACCUGAAGCCCGCGAGGAGCUGCUCAAGAAUCCCAAUCCUCUUUUAAAGAAAGACUGACCUGGUACUUAAAAUACCUGCUCGCAAAGACAAGCUUUAGCCAAAAAAAUGUCAUCCAGUGUGUUUAGCUUUGACACUUUUGAUUGGUGCAGAAAUUCCUACAUGUUGUAUUUUCCGGUUGGUCAUCCAAGGCAGUAACUUUUGGUUCCAUUAGGGGAGGGUUACCCGAACCCUACAUCAACAAGUCCGAAACAAAAUCUCUGAAAACACAGCACAGCUUUCCAUUAGUCAGUUGCCGAUAAAAAGAAAAAGAAUCGUUUUUUGCACAUGAAUGUCUUCAGAAUGAUUUCUGGUUACUUCUGAUAUCACGGAGUGUAGAGUAGCAAAACAGUGUACGAAGCAUUUAGCCAGGGGUAUCACACGAUGCUAAUGAGAUUCGCGUAAGGAUUCGGGUGCUCGGGCUCCAGCACUAGCCCUGAAAUAUCAUUUUAAGUACCUCGUGGAACCUCAAUUUCUGGAAACGAUGUGGAGCUAUUUGAUAGGCCUUUUUGAUGAAUUCAUUUGAAAUUCGAAAAAAAUGUCAUUUUCAAUACUUUUCCAAAAUAUUGCUGUCACUUAUACAUGUAAUUCUGUCUUGACUGAAAUCCACAAAAGUGUAAUUGGUCAAACUUGCUUGAUUUUCGUUGGCCCGUGCCUGUUACAAGUUACUUCUCCAAAGGUGUGGCCAAAAGUGGAAUUUACAUCACUCUAUCUAUAGGCUACGCGUGACUCCCCCUUGAGGAGGACUGAUAGAUUAUAUUGCGCAUGGGUACGUAAUGUACAGAACAGAGCUAAGAACAAUGGUUCAUAUUGUGAAGGUCUUUGGAUCUGCAUACGUUUACUUUAUUACGCACCUCGUGUGGGCAUUACUUUCUAUCCUUGCAGUUAAAAGAACUCGAUGAAAAUACUAACUUUUCACUCAUACUUUUUCUCUUCCUUUUACUACGGAUAAUCCUAACUCCCAACAACGCCCCCUAAUCUGUUUUCCAGAAAAGGGACUUAUAAUUCAGCGGCGGCCGGAACGAUGUCAAAGUGUGUGGGGGGGGCAGUUGUCAGACCAUCAGGUAUCAGCCAUUAUAUCCAUGAAGCCCCACCCCAUUAUAGGCCCCGCAAAAAGUGUGUGUGGGGGGCAUGCCCCGAGCCGAAAAAGUGGGGGUGGGGUGGGCUCUGGCCCCCUUUUCCGCUUCCGUUGCCAGUGACUUAUAUUCUUGUGCGGACCUGGCUUGGUCCAAAAAAUAAGGUUCGCACAACCAACAUUACGUGGACGUGUUUUGUUUACAAUCCACAUACGUUAUGUUAGGUUGGCACCACGUCCCCCUUUCUGAAAUAGAGUUUCUGAGGCAGUGGGUUCAGGUUUGUUUACUCUGUCAAAAAUGGAGAGGAACGUCCAGGAAAUUAUCUUUAAAGUCAAGCUUGAACGGAUGUGUUUAGUAAGUAAAAAUGGAUUUUCUCUGAGUUUUCUUAACCACAAGGAAAUGUACAUAUUGUGUAUGAAACGCCAAAAAUGGGCGUUAAUUACAAGUGCAUGUGGUGCGAAGUACCAUCAGUAAUGGUGUGUGUCGGCUAUAUGGCCGCAAAAGGAUCUUGAAGUGUUGACCUUAGUUCUUCUUUGAAAAUAUGACCUGUCAGCGGGGUACGAGUGUAAAGAAUCUGCACAAGUACACGACCAAAUGUGUUUUUCUUCGUAAAGCGUUUUUAUUAAAUUUCUUAGCUUAAUUUACAUGCUCCAGUGUUAACACAUUGAUAUUACUUCUGACAAUGUUGAACUUAUGUACUUUUUGUCCUGCCUGUCUGUGUUCUGCACAGAUUCGCCAAGCAGACCAUUAAGUGAAGACCGUGGGGUUGGACAAAACAUGCUCUAGAAUUUCAGUGGUUUAUAGCAACCCCUUUUUGUUUCUCUUCAAAAGCACAAGGCUGAAUUUUACAGUGUGUGUAGUGUUCCAUUUGACACAUGCACUACCUGUAUUUGAGAUAAUUUGGUUUCUAUAUUAUAGUUGGAAUAAACUGGUGGAAUAAAAAUUCUACAUACAUAA